AUGGAAUCACGACCACGCCCAGCAAACCGUGGCGAGUUUCGCAUCGCCAUCAUCUGUGCUCUCCCGCGGGAGGCUGAUGCCGUUAUCCUGCUGUUCGACCAAAAAUGGGGUGAGGAGGGGGAGGAGGGGGAGAGCUAUGGCCGUGCUGAAGGCGAUGGCAACCACUACACCACCGGUCGUAUCGGACAGCACGAUGUUGUCUUGGCCUAUCUCCCAGGCAUGGGAACCCAGAAUGCAGCAGCCGCGGUGGCGAGCAUGAAGACCAGCUUUUCCGGGGUAAGGUUGGCACUUCUCGUCGGAAUCUGUGGCGCAGUGCCCAGAAUCGGUGAUGAUGAUGUGAUGCUAGGAGACGUGGUCAUCGGCAACCGCAUUGUCCAGUACGACUAUGGCAAGCAAUAUCCGGGCCACUUUGAAAUAAGGCCGACACUCGCUGGGCCGGAUGGGGAUCUUUUGGGUCUACUUUCUAAAUUGGAUACGGAACAUGGCAGACUUCGGCUGCAGAAGAAGGCGAGGAGAUAUCUGAAAGAGUUGCAGCACGAAGCUGCUUCGUCCGAUUCGGAGACGGGCCGACGUCGUCGUGCAAGCUACUUAUAUCCAGGCUUGGGGAGAGACACAUUGUUCCGAGCGGACUACAUUCAUCAACACGGUAUGGACUGCCAUAAAUGCCGCAAAGGUUUCUGCGAAAAAGCUUCGAAGGCCUCAUGCUCUACUCUCAGGUGUGAUAGAUCGAAGCUAGUUUCAAGAAAGCCGUAUCACAUUAACGACCACAACUAUCAGUCAGAGAUUUUUAUCCGGCGAGUGGGCUCUGCGAACACUGUGAUGAAAUCCGGAAAAGAUAGGGAUCGGAUUGCUGCUGCUCAUGACCUCAUUGCCUUUGAGAUGGAAGGCGCUGGUAUUUUGCACCAAGUCCCAUGCAUGGUGAUCAAGGGUGUUUGCGACUAUGCAGAUAGCCACAAGAACAAGACGUGGCAGGACUUUGCAGCUGCCACAGCCGCGUCUGUGAUGAAAGCUGUUUUGCAGAGAUAUGAUUGCGAUGACAGAUUUGCUGCUCACAGCCGGCCAAUUUCACCGAUACUCACUUUCUGCCAUACCAUCCCAUAUAUCCGGAAUCACCAUUUUAUCAUGCGCAGGGGAGUAGCAGAGAGGUUGGAGGUCCUUUUACCACCAACAUCUUCAUGCGCCGAGGCUGCGCUUUGGGGUUUAGGCGGAUCAGGAAAGACUCAAAUCGCCCUAGAUUACGCAUAUCAGAAAUGGAAUUCUAGGGAUACUUUCGUAUUCUGGGUGCAUGCAGAUACAGAAGCGACUUUCAUGCAGGAUUACAAAAAUAUUGCGCGCAAACUCAGGCUGAGCGCAGAAUUGAAGGGGGAGCAGCUCCUGGAGGCCGUGUGUGAGAAGAUAGAGUCACUUCCACGCUGGUCACUCAUUAUCGACAAUGCAGAUGACAUCGAUUUGCUCAGGCAUUCCGGGAGGAGAUAUACAAGGAGGGACUGCCUGCGAAAAUAUAUCCCCAAGUCUGCCUCGGUGUCCGCAACAGUGGUCUGGACAAGCCGCGAUGAGAGGAUUAUCGGCACUUUGGUUGGGGCAGGGUGCGGCAUCGAAAUAGCCGGAAUGAACUCUUCCGAAGCGCGGAAACUAUUCGAAAUUACAACAAAUAGAAUGAUAACUGAUGGAGAUACACAAGCCAACGCAGAAACCCAGCAGCUAUUCAAUGAGCUACAAUGGCUAGCAUUGUCCAUAAGCCAGGCUGGAGCAUAUAUGAGGCGGGCUUCAAUGUCAGCGGGCGAAUAUUUAGCUCUUCUCUCAGAUGAUAACCGUCGUUGGGAGCUUCACCAGUCAAGUGAGGCGGCAUCAGACCAAAGCCACAGCAGACCCGGUGUACCCAACAGUGUCCCGGGCACAUGGCGCAUCUCCAUCGAGCGGAUCCGACAGGAAAACGAGCUCGCUUAUCAUAUAUUGCAUGUUCUGGCUUAUCUUGACAAUAAGAACAUCUCGCAUGUCAUUAUGGAAGAAGCAGCGAAACAUCACGGCAGAAGUGCUGCUCGUGACCGCACAUCCCGGGCAUCCUAUCAAGGACAUCAGUUUGUGAUAGAUGACGAUAGCCCUAGCACACGGAGCUUAGAUGUAAUAGAAGCUCUAUCUAGGCUCAAGGAAUACUCCUUCGUUCGCGUGGAGGUAAAGGGAGGAAAGAGAAUCUAUGAGAUACACAAACUCGUUCAAGAUGCUGCUCGCUAUGGAUUACACGUGCGAUCGCUGACAGGCUCCCAAAACAGUACCAGGCACCAGAGGAGCCAGCAGAGACCAGACAAUGAGACUUAUUUUUCCGCAAUCGCCCUGCAAGUCAUAUACAGUCUCUAUCCAAGGAGAGAAGAUAAUGCGUGGGAUCAGGCAGAGAAAUACCUUGCCCAUGCCAUGAGAAUGAUCGAAUGGGUAGAGGUUUCCAAGAUGCCAAAUCGUACAGCAUCUCUUAUAGAUCGGGUCCGACUGUUCAUAUCAGGCCGAACUGUCUACCCAGAAACUAUGGUGUUGAAGUUGGCAGAAAAGACACUUGAGAUUCGGGAAAAGGUCCUUCCGUACCACCACUCAGAUACUCUCAGAAGCAUGUACGAUGUUGCGAGAGCGCACUACGACCUUGGAAACUACGUUGAUGCUGAGGUCCGGGCAGAUCAACUGUACCCGUUAGACAAGAGAGAAUUUGGUGAAAUGUCACGCCAGACAACCGAAACCCUGUUGUUGAAAGCAGACGCAAUAUUUAAGAUCGGGCGUCGGGAUGAGGCGGAACGACUGUUGCAUCAUGCAACAGACCGCUACAGUCGUGCAGGCAAAUAUAACAACACAUUCGGCAAGGUCAUGUACCAUCGUGCAUGGAUGCGCAACCGUCGAGGAGACGACGACGGGGCUCUACAACUAGCGCUGGCUGCGAAAGAAGUUCUGCAACAAUAUGAGCCUAGUCAAUAUUACGUUUGGUGUAUGCGGCUGGUGGCUGAAGUUUACAUAUAUCGUAUGAACUAUUCCGACGCUGUUUCAACACUCCGGCCUGCACUGAGAGACUCCGAGAAGGCAUUCGUGGCAUUUGACACAACCUUUGAUAUCAUGUUCCUACUAGCCUUUUCACACUUCCAUUUGGCCGAAUAUGACGAGGCGGAGUUCGUGGUGAAGAAAGCAGUGAAUGGAGGAAAAGACAUGCUCGGGCCAGCUGACUCCCGAACUCUCCAAGCUCAGAGCCUACUUGAGAAGAUAAAAAUCGCAAUCCGAGAUAUUGAUGACGAACACAUACCUGGGAAUAGGGCAUCUAUCAGCCACGUUUUGAACGCAAAGUUGCCAAUCAUAAAUUACAUAUCGAAUUGGAGGGCUUUUCUUAGCAGUGGAACUCCCAGAAGUCGCCGAUAUUAA